CGGGGUACCUGUUGUGUGUGUAUUUUUGGCGUUGGUUACGGCGUAACUUACAGUUACCAGGUUUGUACCAUUAAAGGUUCGUUCAAGUACUUAUGACUGGGCAUUCCUAUGUCACCGGCAAGGUCAUUACAAUAUAUUCAUUCAAAUAUAUAAUUAUUUUACCGUGAUACCAAGUAGUGUCAAGGACUGCCAUCUACUGCUCAUAUCAUCACAAUGCACCCGGGGAAAUCCCCUUUUUAGUGACGCACAUUAGAUCGCCAACACGGAAGAAGAAGGUGAACCAGCUAACAGCAACAAACAAGUCUCGCUCAAGAUUUGCUCUAUCCCGAUCAAUACAGGUACGGUCCUAGUCGAUACCUACACGCUUUUAUUUGAUAUCUCAGACAUGCUGGGAGGAGGAUUUAAAGCUGAGAGACUUAAAGUCAACCUGCGACUUGUCAUCAACCGACUCAAGCUCCUGGAGAAAAAGAAAACCGAGCUUGCCCAGAAAGCCAGGAAGGAGAUUGCAGAUUAUCUGUCGGGGGGCAAGGAUGAACGUGCACGUAUCCGCGUCGAACACAUCAUCCGGGAGGACUACCUGGUUGAGGCCAUGGAGAUCCUUGAGCUCCACUGUGACCUGCUGCUCGCACGGUUCGGCCUCAUCCAAUCCAUGAAGGAGCUGGACCCCGGCCUUCAGGAAUCUGUGUCAACACUCAUCUGGGCCGCUCCGCGACUCCAGUCAGAGGUGGCUGAACUCAAAAUUGUGUCCGAUCAGCUGUGUGCUAAAUACAGCAAGGAGUAUGGCAAGCUGUGCAGGACAAACCAGAUCGGCACUGUCAAUGACCGGCUUAUGCACAAGCUUAGUGUGGAGGCCCCUCCUAAGAUUCUGGUUGAGCGUUACCUCAUAGAGAUCGCCAAGAACUACAACGUGCCCUAUGAGCCCGACGCCAUGGUUCGGCCUGAAGUCUCUCCUGGUGAGGAGGCCGACCUGAUCGACGUUGACAGUGACAAUAAGCCCCGCGGUGGUGGUGGUGGAGGAGGAGGGGGGGGCUUCAGUGCCCCGGGUAUGGGUAUGCCCAUGCCCAUGCCCAUGGGUAUGCCAAUGCCCAUGGGUAUGCCCAUGCACAUGCCCUCAGCCUUCAACUACCCAUCUAAAGGACCAGAACCCUACGGCCCCCCUGUUGGAACCUAUGCUGACCACUUCCCUGUGGGAGGGGGGAUGCCCCCCCAGCUGCCUACUUGCCCCCCCACAUACGAGUCUAUCGAUGACCUACCUAUCACCCCUUCUGUCCCCUCCCAGUCUGUCGCUUCCACGCAGUUCUACGACAACAACGCUCUGCCAGAGCUGCCCUCUGUCCCCGAUACGAUGCCAAACAGUUCGGUGGGUGGACACACCACCUCUUCCUCCGACGACAUCGACUUUGACGACCUCUCGCGGCGCUUUGAGGAGCUCAAGAAGAAGACUUAAGCUCCUCAGCUGUUUCUGGAUCACACUGAAGCUGAGUUAGACUCUGUCCCCUCUCCCUCACUUUUCCUCCAAGCCAAGGAAGGUCUUCUCAAAUUUCACUUUCGACCUUGCUAUUAGAUCUGUGACCCAAGUCGUCCUCUUAAUGUUUUUACACACACACACACACACACACACACACACACACACACACACACACACACACACACACACACACACACACACACACACACACACACACACACACACACACACACACACACACACACACACACACACACACACUUUAAUUUCUGAAGCAGUUCAUUUGAUUGAGUUGUGCUCUCAGCAGAACUUUGAAUGUGCACAGUUUUUUUUUUAACAAACCCAAUUUCACAUAUUGUACUUUGACUAGAAGGUUAUGCUUCUCUAUUGUCUUUAAUGUCACUUUGGCCUUAGCUCACAUUUGGCAAAAAGUCUCCAAACCAGUCUUACCAGUCCUUCCACCCUUGCUAGUUUAUUUUGGUAUUUGCAAUAGAGCUGAUGUAAGUACUAGGUUAGCUGGCCGGGUCUGACUCCGGUGCUCGGUAGUUUUAUAUCCAACUGGAAGAAUGGGCUGAGCGCAGUUGGCUUAAUAAACUGGUCAUCAGGUUAACAACACCGUUAACUUGUCUAGAAUUACUUAUGGCUGGAGAAUUUCCUUCUACACAAACAUUAUUUAUCGUGGGAUAGCUGCUUUCCCAAAAUGUAGGAAUAUAUAUAGUCUAAUAAAUAUAUAUAAACUGGUGAAAAAUAAGUGGGAUAUAACAACAUAAUGGUCUGCUGGAUAUUUUAACCCUAGUAAAGUCAAUCUUUAACUAUUUAAAACUUUCCGAGAUUAUAGACUGAACUGUAAACGAAGAAUAAAACAAUUUCAAAUGACUAUCCUUUACAAAAUGUUUUCCUGUGAGUGCUGCAGGCCUCCAUUACCUGAUGGGGUAUGGGUGCCUCAUUUGCAUGCUAGUCAUUUCCUUUACCUACUCCCUCGCCUUAUGUGGCCACUCCCUCCAGUGGCCUUGCUCAUAGGUCGACAGAUAUUGACACUAAACCUGAAAGGGUGUUUAUCCACUUCUGUAUCCACACACUAAAAAGGUUGUGAUGAGUCAUUUGUUCAGUCUUCUACACCCGACUGUAUGAGGUAUGUAAGGCGUGUUAAACCUGACAGGAACACUACCAGUUCUUAAGUCAAUGACUUUUUUUUCUGUUCUUUGUGGAGGGCUUACUCAAAUCAUUGUUUAAUAAAAAUGUUUUGAAAUAA